UAAUAACAUAAAAAUGUGUACCACACAAAUGAAGUUGAAAACUGCGUCAUUGUUUUUCUAAAUCACGACAUAUACCAACAUUACCUCGUGAAACGACCAUGGUGGCUUUAAAUGGACUUAUGAUGAUUCUCAUGUACCCAUGCAUUGCAGGUUUAAAAUGGACAAUGAGUAUUUCCGAGCCAACAUUUGUCAACAAGUACAUAAGUUCUUCAUCGCAAUUCAUAACCAGCCUGCCUUCAGAUAUGUGUGUUUACCAUGUUUACGUUUACAACAAGGCUGCUACCACUGCCAUUUCUAGCAGUCAAUUCUAUUUUUGGGAUUGGAAUGCACCUGCCGGAUCAGUCCAAAAUAUAUACUUUAGACUUGCGCCCAGGAAUUAUGAAUAUAGAACAGAAAGUGGCAACAUUUCGUGCCCUAAACGUGUAUCGAGAAUUGAAAUGGUUUCCUACUGGAAUGCAAUGUACGUUCAGGAGAUCAUCUUGGACUACCACCUUUGUAGUGAUCUUGCAUCCAUAAAUACAGGGAUUGUGCAAUCAGAUUUAUAUGGAUAUGCCGGACCGCAAGGCACCACUGUUAACUUGGGCUCAUCCAUAACUUACAAACAAGGCUACCAGACAUCUGUGGGAUCCAAACAAGCUUGUGCUCGGGACUGUUCCCUGGACAUUUGCUGUCAGUACUUUUCUGUCAACAUGACCUUGCUUCAGGAGGCCGGUGGUAACGAGGCACCAAAUAGUUGCACAUUGUGGGGUUUCUUCGGCCAUUCUGACUACUCAACAGCGGACGGUCAUUCAAAGAUGUGGUCAAAAAAGGUCUUGAUUUGAACAAGACAUCACACUUGAAUUGAUAAUUUAUGUUUAUCUGACACAUUUAUUAGAGAUUCCAUUAAUAUUUGUCAGUUUCUCAUAAUAGUUUUUAGCUUGCUAUAACUAAUAAUGCCA